AAAAAAAAAGUGAUCCGUUAUUCUGAAACAAACAGCCGCGUCAGAGAGCCGAGGGAAGAAACUGGUUUAUUAAUGAACAAUGUGCAGCGGGAUUGUUUGGCUCCUGGUAAGACUAGCGUAAUACUGGAUGAAGAUCGUCUGCUUUUCAUUGGAGGUUGUGUGGAGGCAGCAGGGGUAAUGGCAUCGGCGAUGCGUCCGGGUUGAAAUUACAAUGCACUCUUAACGGGUGUCUUAAAUUGAGUGUUUGAAUUCAGGAUGGAAUAGCUGGACAUUCAAACUGGACAGUGUGAGAGACCAGACCCAGCCUCCAACAGCAGUCGAUGCAGUCUGCAGCCUUGUCCCUGUGGCUGAGAUUGACCAUGUCACGAGUGUCCUCCACCACCAAGCGCUACACAGGAUCCGGCUACACAGGGUCCAGCUACACAGGGUCCAGCUACACAGGGCACUAUGGCAGCUACACCUCCUCCUACACGCCCAACCUCAGCUCCUCGUACACAGACAAGGAGAAGCUGUCCUACAAGAGCCCCGGCUACGCAGGAGCGAGCAGCUACCUGACCUCCGGCAGCCGCUCCCGCAACUACAGUACCUCCUCCGAGCCUGACAGGGGGCGCCAGAUCCCUCGCACGGAUGUUCUAAGCAGCCGCCGCAGCGAGAGCCUGAGCCGGGCACCAGUCAAGGCCUACAGCUCCGGCCUGAGUGGCGGCUACUCCUCAUCUUUCGCCUACGCGGGGAGCAGCAGCUACCUUUCCUCCUCUCCGGUUUCCUCCUCUUCCAGAACCGGCCUGAGCCGCCGGAAGUCCAGCAGCCAGACGGAUCUAAACCGCGACCUGGCCAGCCUGGCGCUGUCCGACUCCUCGACCAGCAGCAGACGGGACUCGGACAGCCCGCACGGGUCCUACCGCAGUGGGUACAGCCGUGGCAGCGAGGUCCAGGACUCGUAUGGAAGCUCACGGGCCGGCUACGGGCUCUCGCGCAGCUCCACGCAGGAGACCAUCAGCGCCAGCCUCAAGAGCAGCAGCCGCUUCAGCCCGUCCUGGGAGAGGAACGGCACCAGGCGCUCCAGCUCCCCCGGCAAGGAGUCAACAAAUUCAAAGAGUGCGCAGGGGCUAGUCGGACUUAGAAACCUGGGAAACACAUGCUUCAUGAACUCAAUCCUACAGUGCCUCAGCAACACUCGCGAGCUGCGGGAUUACUGCCUGCAGAACCUGCACCGUCGAGACCUCAAUAACAGCAGCCGCAUGAACUCCGCACUCAUGGAGGAGUUCUCCAAGCUGAUUCAGACGAUAUGGACGUCUUCUGGCAGUGAAGCCGUCAGUCCCUCCGAAUUCAAGACACAGAUUCAGAAAUACGCCCCGAGAUUCGUUGGCUACAACCAACAGGAUGCCCAGGAGUUUCUGAGGUUCUUAUUGGACGGUCUCCACAAUGAGGUCAACAGGGUCACUGUGCGGCCCCGAGCCAUCAUGGAGGACUUUGAUCACUUGCCGGAUGACGAGAAAGGGAAAAGAAUGUGGAAGAAAUAUCUAGAGAGGGAAGACAGCCGAGUCGUAGAUCUGUUUGUGGGACAGCUGAAGAGCUCUCUGACGUGCAGCGAGUGUGGUUACUGCUCCACCGUCUUCGACCCCUUCUGGGACCUCUCCCUGCCCAUCGCCAAGAAAGGUUACGGAGAGGUGAGCCUGAUGGACUGCAUGAGACUCUUCACCAAAGAGGAUGUGCUGGACGGAGACGAGAAGCCGACAUGCUACAGGUGUAAAGCAAGAAGGAAAUGCACGAAGAAGUUCACCAUCCAGAAAUUACCCAAGAUCUUGGUGCUUCAUCUCAAACGCUUCUCCGAGGCCAGGAUCAGAACGAGCAAGCUGUCAACGUUUGUUAAUUUCCCCCUGAAGGAUCUGGACUUGCGGGAGUUUGCCUCUGAGAACAGCAUCCAUGCUGUCUAUAACCUGUACGCAGUCUCCAAUCACUCAGGCACCACCAUGGGCGGCCACUACACAGCGUACUGCCGGAGCCCUGCCUCGGGAGAGUGGAGCACCUUCAACGACUCCCGAGUAACGCCAAUGUCCUCCAGCCAAGUCCGGACGAGCGACGCCUAUGUGCUGUUUUACGAACUCUCGAACCCCUCCUCUCGAAUGUAACCCCUUGCUUCUGCACAGCCCAAGAAAGAGGGGAAGAAAAAAUGAAUAAUAAUAAUAAUGAGGUAGAGUAUCACUCACGUGUGAGUAGCAGGGACUGAAAAACAACCACAAACUAACAAACGAGAUGAAAAAACGAGUGGUGGAGCUGACUUUCCUGGACUUGCCAGACAGCCGGCAGGGUUUGAAGCACAGGACCGAGGCGUCGGGCAGUGCUGUUUAUCUGGGAAGGAGGAGGAGGAGGAGGAGGAGGAAUCCACCAGGAAGCAACAGUUAGAAAUGAGACGCUGCGUUUGUAAGGCAAUCUGAGAACAGAGGGACAGAAAACCGGACAAUCCGUCCAACCUCGUUCAAGAACCCGUCCAUACCAGCAUUUGCAAAGAGAGUUUUGGCUUUGUUUUUGCUCGGAGUGCUGUUUUGAAGGAUGUCUUUACAUGUCCUUGGCUCGCAGCAGCAGCAGCAGCUUUCCCCAGGGCUGCUCUGGAGUGGCAGGGGAACAGUGGAACCAGUCCAGCCUCCCACACUAUGCACAGCAGCAGCUCUCUCUUAUCACACUCUUGCUCAACCUGCGAUUUCUGAUCAUCUCAAAGACUUUUUUUUUUUUUUUUUUCAGCGUCAAAUAAAGUUUCUCCCUGCGUCUUUUUAGUGCAUCAUUACUGUGAAUGUCAUGGACCUCUAUGUAGGCAAGCCUUCGGGCCACUGAAGAUGUAGUGACACAGGGGGGGCCCUUCUCUCUCUCUCUCUGUCCCUUUUUAACCAGUUUAUCAGUUUGGGGGUUUGGAGGAGAGGGGGGGUGGGUAGCGUGUGUCUGGAGUGUGUGUGUUGAAGUUUUUUUUUUUAAUUUGCGCUUAGUCAUCUGAAAAUGAAACUGAAAGCUGUGAAUGAAGGUUCUCCUGUUCACUGUACUGUGCAGAGUUUCUUGGUCUGAACCUUGUCAGAUUGUUUGUUGAGCCACUAAGAAACUACUGGCAACAAAUACAACGUCUGAUUCAUACCUUGUUUAAAUAUAGCAUGUCUUUAUCCACCAACGCCGUUUGUCAUUUGUUGUUAAGCAAGAAACGACUGUCACGUGUUUCUCUUUCUAUAAAUAAGUGAUUCUGAGCCAGAUGACUUUGGCUUGCUGCGCAGGGCAGUCUGCAGUAUAGUGCUGGUGUAGUUCCACCUCCCAUUUAUUAUUAGUUUAUUUAGCAGACGCCUUUAUCCAAGGCGACUUACAGAGACUAGGGUGUGUGAACUAUGCAUCAGCUGCAGAGUCACUUACAAAUACGUCUCACCCGAAAGACGGAGCACAAGGAGGUUCAGUGACUUACUCAGGGUCACACAGUGAGUCAGUGGCUGAGGUGGGAUUUGAACCAGGGACCUCCUGGUUACAAGCCCUUUUCUUUAACCACUGGACUACACAGCCACCAGACUCCCCUCCCCUAGUCUCUAAGCACAAACAUAAGAACCUAUUGGUUUGGGGAUCACUGUGUAGAAGAGAAAAAAAGGAAAUCAAAUGUAUUGCAAAAAAUAAAAAACUCACCUUGCACGCAACCUCGGAACAGACAGGCAGAGACGCUUAACAGUCGUGUGUGUGUGCUUGCGUGUUACCUUCUAGCGUGACCCCAGAACCACAUUGCUGUAGACUCAGGUUUGCUAAAUGCCCCUGCCCUUUAGUUACCUUUUCCAGAGAUCCACAAAGCUCUAAAAACCUGUCCAUAAUUACUAGAUGAGGAAAACAUGCACCACCUGUACAUGCUGGGUUUGGUCAGACCACACACAGCACAGCACUGAGGAAUCGCUUAUUCACAGCUCUGAAGACAGAAUUGACAGUUUUUGUUCACCUAAAGUUAUUUUUUGAUUGGAGCGUGUGCGAUAGGAACAGAUGAUGCAUUAUUGUAAGAUGACUUCCUAUUGGUUCUUAAAAAAAAAUGUCAGUUAAGAGUUUUGAGAAAUUACGUUAAUACAUUUUGUUUAAAAAACAUUAAUUUAUUGUGAACUGUAAAUAGAAAGCACAAGAUACAUCACCCCUUUUAAGUCAGAAAAAAAUAUUUUUGAAAAAAAACAUAACUGCUGUCUUGAAUGCAAAAUAAAUUUUUAAAAAAGGCAAAUUAAAUUGAAUGUGAUUCUUCGAUUUUGAUGGUAGUAAUCGCCUUAUUAAUCUGGUAGUUUAAGAACCAUUUAUAAAAUCUAUAAAUGUGUUAAGAGAGUUACGGUUUGUUACCAUUGUGUUUUAAUGACAUGACCAGUGUUAGAAAGUAUAUAUAAGGUUUUUAAUAAGUGCUCUUAAACACUAUUUCUGUACCCUAUUAUGUACAAUUUACAUCAUCCCUUCUAACACAUUUAUAGAUAUUAAUGGUUUAUAAGUGAUCCUUAAACUACAUUUGUACCAUUCAUCUUUAGAACACAAUUGAAAUGACAGCUCUGCUAUUCUGGCAGUGUUGUAAAUAGAGAUGAGCCAGGACUGUGUGUUACUGUGCUGCACGGUUAGGCUGUGAUACAGCUAUCAUGUCAUUCACUCGCUAGCUCGUUCUAGUUUUUCUCAUAGAAAGGUGCCUUGAGUGGAGCAGCCUGCCUGCUUGAGUGUGGAAUCGCUGCAGUGUUGGAGUCUGAGUGUUUGGGGCUGCAUGCUGUCAGUCAGUGUCUGCUCCAGUGUGAUGUGUUUCACUGGACUGUACUGGGGAAUCCACCCAGCUUGCUUUGGGCUUAGUAGUGCUUCUAAAUGUUUACUAGCUCUUGAAGUUAGUAGGAAAGUGAGCCGUUCAUUUUCUGGCACCAGCAUUUGAAAAGAUGUUACUGUUGGAUAAUGGGGCCUUCCAAUUAGAUAUUGGAAAUACUGUUCUGGUCCCUGGCCAGGGAAAUACAAGCCAAGCAUUAGGAUAGAAAAUAAAAUAAAGUGUAAUGUGAAGGUUGUGUGGAGAGUGUAGGAACACGGUUUAAUACACACACGAAGCCCGGGCGCUCAUCAGUGUGAUUGUAUGGAUAGUAAGACCUCACACUAACCUGUCAGAAGUGCUGGGAUACAGAACCAUUUACUGGAAUCCCAGGAUAACCAAUCAGCAGGCACACUUGCAAGACAAACACUAGAGAAAUACUGGAAGCUUUUAUAUGUGAGAACUCCCAAGCCGGACGCCCUACAGUAUCGCUAACCCUAAAACACGCACUGUUCAUAUUAGGGAUUUUUUUUAAUGCAGUCUGUAAUAAUACAGUUUUUAAAUCGUAGUGGAUAUAAAGUAAGCGCUCUCAUUUUAGACAGGCAUGCUUUGUGAGCACCCCAGCUGUCAUGUUCUUGGGUCCUUUCUCCAAAGUCAACUGGCUGUUUUGCUGUGUGCAGGGAAUUCUCUUUCACUGCAGCAGUGCAGAAAAAAUAUUGAACACAGAUCGGAGAGCGCUUCUAAUUCCUUGACGCAAUAGGGGGGCCCCUGCUGGUGGAAUGUGAGAACGCACUUAACUCAAGACCGCAGUGUAAUACAUUGUGACAGCGCCGUCCAAAGCAUCCUCCGCUUAAAACACAAACCUGAAAAGAGAUGACGCAUUGCACUUGUAAUGGACUUGUGAUACUUUUAAAAGUGCUUGAACGGGGUGUUCUGCAAUGCUGUAUUAAUACUGUUUAGCUAGCUCAAUGAAGAAUGUGAAAUGUUAACGAUUUAACGCACUGGAAAAAAGAAAUGUUUACUAUGUAAGCAGGGAAAAGAUUUUGUACUAGACUAGGACUAUAUAUAUAUAUGUGUGUGUGUGUGUGUGUGUGUGUGUGUGUGUGUGUGAGGAUGUAUUACAGUACAGACGGGGCUGUACAAGUGAGUGUGUACAUAAUAUAUAAAUAUAUAUUGUAUAAUAAUUGUUGAGGGAGGCGCUUGUUCCCCCCACACUCACUAGAAAUGUGUAUUAAUUUCUAUUCCUUGUAAAACUGAGACUGUUUUAAACGGACUUCUUUUGAAUAAACACUCCUGAGUGAC